AGGGAGGGGAGGCGAAAGGGGGGGGGAGAGGAGAAGGUCCGAUUCCAGGCGAAGGACCGAGCAGAAUCUGCCAUCUGAAAACCCCAAGUCAACGGACGAAGAGGAGGGUUUUCUUUCGCGGUGGCGAGGGAUGCUGGAAACGAGAAGAAGAGCAUCAUCAUCAACAAGGACAAGGACACGGAUACCUCAUCGCGCACGUCUGAGCCGGGGGGGGAGGGAGCAGGCAUAUAUAUUUAUAUAUGUGUGGGCGAACAGCAGAGGGAAGCUGGGCCAGGACAUGCAUAUGUUAUAGCGUUACCUACACAUAUUACACCACUACACGAUAUAUAUACACCAUAGAGCUGGAUACCGGAAAUUAUAGAGUGCGUAGUAUGUGCGCCUUCAUGUUUUAUUUUUUCCCUCCUCUUCUUUUCUUUGUCAAUUAUUAUUUUAGAUGUCGUGGCUAGCGCUUUAAUAAUACCUGCAUUCUAUACCCUGCCACCUGUUGUCUGAUGCAAAGGAUGCCCAGGGAAAACUUGCGUGGUCCGUGACUUUUUUGUGUGGAAC